AAUACUAAUCGGUAAUCACACCAAUUAGAGGGCGAAGAAGAAGAAGCGUGCAGAAACAGCAGCAAAAUGAAUUCCCUGGCAAGGAUCGGUAGCUUCGUCUGCCAAUCAGUGCAGAUAGCCGGCUGCGGAAUGCAGCAGGUGCGCACUAAGUAUGCCGAUUGGAGGAUGAUACGUGAUGUCAAGCGGCGCAAGUGCGUCCGGGAGAAUGCUGUCGAGCGGCUACGGGUUAAUUCGCUUCGCAAAAACGACAUCCUGCCAGCGGAGCUGCGUGAAGUGGCCGACGCCGAGAUAGCAGCCUUUCCCCGCGACUCAUCGCUCGUCCGUGUAAGGGAGCGCUGUGCGCUUACGUCACGCCCCCGCGGAGUCGUACACAAGUAUCGGCUAAGUCGUAUAGUCUGGCGGCACCUUGCGGACUACAACAAGCUGUCCGGCGUGCAGCGCGCCAUGUGGUAGUGUCUCCUGUUAGCCAUCUAAGCAAAAAUAAACCAUUGUUAGUCCCAUUCA